CCAUUAUACAUUAUCCUAAUUUUUACCAGUGUGGUGCUGUCGCGUUCGUAUUUUAAUCCAAUAAAACUCUUCACGCAAAAAGAGCAACUAGUUAUUUCCACUCGCAUUGUUUGGAAAAGUUGUUGCACAUUAAUUCAAAACGAAUAAGUGCUCUAUUAAUCAAUACUUGUAGUUUUUGAAGUUCGUCUGACAUCUCAUUCCGUAGCUCAUUCAUCAUUGAUUAUUGUGUUUAAAAAAAAAUUGGAAUUGUUGACAAUACACCGGACAAGUUUUAGAGGAAAAAUGUUUUGCAACGUAUGUGGUGUAGUCGACGAUUACUACGACGAAGAUGCCCUAGUAGAUCAUAAUAACACGCCCAAACAUAUUUGUAACAAGAUCCUAGAAGCUUAUAGGGAGAAAAAAAGAAACUUUGCCAAAAAUCGGGAUGGAGUUAUUAUCCUCGGUAGAGGUGAGAGUGCGGCCAUAUUUGGCGCUGAAAAGACCAAAGUUGAAAAUACUGAUCAUCAAAAAAUUAGGAUGAAUGCCAAACCAACCCAGCCUGUCAAAUUUUCAUUUACCAUCAGUAAUGAUAUGAAAAAUGAAGAUUUACUGAUAGUUGGGAUCCAAUUGGCACAUCCACAGCCCCAGUUUUUGAUCUCUGAUCAUCCGUAUAUAUUUGGGGGAGAACCAAAUAUCUUGGAGAAAAAGACAACGAAAAAGAACAUAGUGUUUGUAACAUUUGCCGCUUCGGAGAUUGGGACAUAUGAGAUGCCUAUUAUGUUCACAUUUCAUAGAAGAAGUGAUGAAAAAAACAUAAUAAUUAUUCGAGAAAUGGUUGUCUCGGUGUUUGAAGAGGAAAGUGUUCAUAUGUUCACUCGGAGUCCUUACACUAAUGAAGACUGGGAGACUGCGGAUCAGAUUAUACCAAGCAUAGGUCUUUCACCUUAUCCAGUCAAGUUCAAAGUACCCAGGUUGUUGAAGAUUCUUUUACCUCAUGGAUUAGAGGAGAAAGCAUUAGAAAAUAUCAGAGCUCCCAGAGAGAUAAUGGAACAGUUACGAUUAGUGUUAAUUUCUACAAGGGCUAUAUUUGACGAAGGACUUACGAAAAGUAACUACAUGGCUUUCUUUCAUCAUCUUCUUUGGUGGGAAGAAGUUAAAGCAAGAAUUAAUUUAAGGAAAUAUAAUAUGUUCAGUGUGAUGAUGGAGCAGAGGAAUGGUGCUUACAUUUUAGAAGUCCCCGGCUUAGCAGAAAAACGACCCUCUUUGUUGCGAGGUGACAGAGUGUACAUCAAGCCACAGGAUACACCAAAGCUGAACUUCGAAUGUACCAUCAAAGAUAUUGAAUUGAACAGAAUUGUAUUGACAGAUCUUGACGAGACAUUUGAACCGCAUUACAAAGCGGAUGCGCUGUUCGAUGUGCGUUUCCUGAUGUCUCGAGUGCCCGCUGAGCGCAUGCACGAGGCCGUCAACUCCAUACAUUUGUCUAAACAGCUGUGCAGGGUGUUCCCAGAUAGACCUAAACGUCAGGUGUCUCCUGCACUCAUUACAAGAUUCUAUAAUAAAUGGAUAGAAAAUAAUAAAGAGCAAAGAUCUGCAGUGGAACAUAUAGUGGCGGGUACAUCGGGCAGGGCUCCUUACAUUGUAUUUGGACCUCCGGGCACUGGGAAAACUAUGACAAUAGUUGAAGCUAUCAUUCAGCUUGUAGUACGUAAUUCAAGGAACAGAAUAAUGGUGUGCACGGAUUCCAACAUGGCCGCUGACCACAUCGCUUUAAUGCUUCUUAGAUAUAACAAACAAUUGAAUAUAAGUAAUUUUCUACUUCGCGGCUGCUCUCAAUCACGCGAAUGGAGUGUAAUGCCACAAGAACUAGCGCAAGUGUCCAACGGUGUCAGUUACGAAACGUUCUAUACCUUGAGCAACGCACACGUCUCACAGUACAGAGUGUUUGUUACCACGUUACUUCAUGCUGCUAAAUAUGGAAUGGAGAAAUGUCAGGCGAUCUUCAAGUUACAAAUGACGCACCUGUUCAUCGACGAGGCGGCGCAGGCUUCGGAGCCGGCCACCUUGGUGCCGGUGACGGGUCUACUGGCACCCACUGGACACCUUGUGCUGGCUGGCGACCCGCAGCAGCUGGGACCCGUCUGCAUCUCCAGGGAAGCCAAGGAUAGAGGACUGGGUGUAUCAUUACUGCAGCGUUUGAGGACAACGUUUGAAAAUUUUUAUUCUGAUGAUCCGAACUUCAUCACGAUGCUCGUCAAGAAUUUCCGUUCACAUCCUGAUAUUCUGGCAAUACCGAACGAGUUGUUUUACGAGAAUAAUCUACAGGCUUUGGCUCAGUUCGAUCCAAUUAGCGAGAAGAGUAUACUAAACUUGCCGGGUGGUAACCGAGCUGUCAUAUUCCAUGCUGUUAACUCUAAAGAGCAAAGGAUGGGAAAAGCGCCAAGUUUCUACAAUGAAAAAGAGUUGGAUAUGUUAAAGAAAUAUGUGAGAGCUUUGGUAGAUGUGCACAAUGUGCUGCACAAAGAUAUUGGAGUUAUUGCGCCAUACAUAAGACAGGUUUAUAAGAUGAAGGAAUGGCUGACUGCGUCAAACUACAGUGAGAUAGAGGUGGGCACUGUGGAGUCGUUCCAGGGCAAGGAGAAGAGAGUAAUACUGGUGUCCACGGUCAGAGCUAACUGCAGGCUCCUAGACUAUGAUGCCAAAUAUGGACUCGGAUUUUUAGUUGAUGACAAGCGGUACAACGUGACAUUGACCCGGGCGAAGGCAAAGCUUAUAAUUAUAGGCAACCCGGCUUGUUUGACACGAGACGUUAAAUGGAGGAAAUAUAUGGGAUUCUGUAAUGAAUUGAAUUGCUACCACGGCAAAGAGAAUCAACAGUUGGAGCGAUCGUCACAAAUGCUCGUAGAAAUUGCACGCACCAGAUUCGAUAGGGCACGUAUUAGUGAUGAAUUGAAACAGAAAAACCAAAGCACACAUUAAUUUUAAAGACAUCUUUACUU